ACACCCAUUUGUAUGUACGUAAGUUCUCCGUACGUGUUGAGCAAUCAGUAAAAAAGCAAGUGUACAUGCAAAGCGUGUGUCUGUCGUUCAUCUCUCCGAUCCAGCCUCAAACCAUAAUAUAUUACAGUGGCGACGAGAAUUAAGAGUAUAUUUAGAGACUGAUAGUCGCUGAGAAACACUGUUGCACUUGUCGUAAAAGAAACUUAAAAAGGAAGGAACAAGGCACGAGUGAAAAGCUGCUAACAAAGUAGCUAACAUGGCAGCGAUACAGUUUGGCCGUGUGGAUGAGUACAAGGAAUCGAAGGAGGAUUUCGAAUCGUACAUUGAGCGUUUUGAACAGUGGCUGUUGGCGAAUGACAUUGCAAGUGAGAAAAAGGUUAGUGUGUUUCUCUCCGUGAUCGGGGCAGAGACAUAUGGACUGUUAAAGAAUCUAGUCCAGCCGACGAAGCCGAGUGCAAUGUCAUAUACCGAACUGAAGCAGCGUUGCUAGCGCAUUACAGGCCGCAACCACUAGUGAUCGCGGAGCAUUUCAAAUUUCAGAAAUGCAACCAAAAGGAAGGUGAAUCCGUGGCGGAUUACAUCGUGGCUUUGAGACAGCUAUCAGUGAGCUGUGAAUUUGGACAAUAUUUGAGUGAUGCGCUCAGAGACAGACUUGUAAGUGGACUAAACUCGGAGUCGAUGCAACGCAAAUUGCUGAGUCAGAAGGAUCUGACGUUCAACCAGGCUUGCGAAAUUGCAUCAUCUAUGGAGCUGGCCUCUAGAAACACGCUGGAAAUUGCAGGUAAGACCAAGGAUUUACAGUCAGUGAAUGCUGUGAGCGAAGCUAAACUUUUUCAAAAGAAAGGCAAAGGAAAGUUUAAAGGGAGAGAUGAUUCUGAAAAAGGAAAAUACCAGAAGAGCGAACUGAGAAAAGAAGAAAGCAAUAAAUGCUACAGGUGUGCUGGGAAACACUCAGCUAGAGACUGCAGGUUUAAGAAUGAGAAGUGUCAUGUGUGUAACAAAAUUGGACACAUUGCAAGGGCCUGUAGGAAUAAGAGAACAGCCAGACAGACGCAGUAUGUGGAGGCAGAGUGUUCAAAUGAAAGAAAAGAGGAUGAAUCAGAGUUAUUUGGAGUGUAUACAGUGUACACAACCUCAAACGGAAAAAAAAGGAAUUGUGGUAAAUUGUAAAUUUGGAUGGAAAGUGCAUGGACAUGCAGCUGGACACGGGGGCAGCAGUGUCGCUGAUGUCAGAACUGUCAUACAAGGAGUUCCUGUCGCACAUACCUUUAAGCAAAACAAGCAUGCAGCUAACUACAUAUUCAGGGGAGAGAAUUCCAUUGCUGGGAUCCAUUGAUCUGCCAGUGAAGUAUGAAAAGCAAAAUGUCACACUGCCGUUGGUCAUCGUCAAAGGGGACAGACCGGCCCUGCUGGACAGAAACUGGUUAGAGAAAAUUCAGUUGGAUUGGCCAAAUAUUCUCAUGGUGGAAAAAGCUGAAGUGGCCUCUGACCCAGCAUUAAAAGCAUUGUUGAGACGACACUCCGAGGUAUUUUCUGACAAACCAAGUGCAAUUAAAGAUUUUAAAGCUACCAUCCGUGUUCGUCCUGAUGCAACUCCGAUCUUUCAGAAAGCGAGACCCGUUCCUUAUGCUUUACGAGAAGCGGUGGAAAAGGAACUGGAAAGACUGGAAAAAAUGGGCAUAAUAUCCAAGACUGAAAGAAGUGAAUGGGCGGCCCCAAUAGUAGUCGUGCCAAAAAGUGAUAAGUCAAUCCGCAUCUGUGGUGACUAUAAAGUCACUAUAAACCAGAACCUAGAGGAAGAAACAUAUCCACUGCCCAACACAGAAGAUUUGUUCGCCAAGUUGGCAGGCGGAACGUUGUUUAGCAAACUGGACUUGGCGCAUGCCUAUCAGCAAUUAAAAUUAGACCAGCAUUCAGAAAAAUACCUCACCAUCAAUACUCUGUACAAGUACCAUCGUCUCAGUUAUGGAGUGGCCAGUGCUCCUUCUAUUUUCCAGGCUGUCAUGGAUCAAAUCUUGCAAGGGCUAGAUCAUGUCACCUGUUUCCUUGAUGACAUCCUUAUCACUGCCAGUACAAAAGAGGAGCAUGUUAGGAGACUGGAUGAAGUGCUUUCCAGACUAGAGAGGUAUGGACUUAGAGUAAAACUUUCUAAGUGUCAGUUCAUGCAAGGCAGUGUUGAGUAUUUAGGCCAUCGUAUCAACAAAGAGGGUCUACAUCCAACUGAGGAAAAGAUUGCAGCGAUUGUUAAUGCCCCAAAACCAAACAAUGUCACAGAGCUACGGUCGUUUUUAGGCCUAUUGAACUACUAUGUCGGUUUUUGAAAAACCUCUCCAGUCGGCUGCAGCCUUUACACAAUUUGCUGAAACAGAAGCAACCUUGGAGCUGGACUUCAGCAUGUGACACAGCUUUUGAGGAAGCUAAACAGCUGCUGCUCA